AUGGCUCUCAUAAGGCAGAAGAGGCUUCCACAGCUGCACCUCUCGCUGCCCGUCCCGUCCAUCGCGGCCGGCCAGCGUCCCAAGGCAACGUUCAUGCCGGCGCCGGCACCAACGUUGAUAAAAGCCUCGACCCCCACGGCCUUGUCCAGCCAGUUCCGCCUAGCCGACUUCGACAAGCUGGCCGUGCUUGGCCGCGGGAACGGCGGCACCGUGUACAAGGUUCGGCUGCUGCCCAGCAGGGAGGAGCGGGUAUCGGCCCAUGAAGAGCUCAAGGAUGCGCCCACCCGCCAUCCAUCUUCCGAGAGAGCGCACACCCUGUCUCGCUCGCGCAACUACGCCGCUAGGAACCCAAUCCCUGUAGCACGCCGUCCACCCAGCCCCACCACUCGCCGGUGCAUCCCCGUCACCGUAUCCCCCGACGAUUCCUGCACCCAGGCCGCCGUCCCCAGCCUCCAAUCAUGCCCCCUAGUGGCCGGCGUCGAGGUCGAACAACCCGGUAUUCUGUGGCUUCUCCUGAUCCAUCGUGGCAACCUCCCACCAUCCUUUCUCCGGACGAUCGGUCGCCGGAGCUCCACGCCUGGUCCUGGUUGCCGGUGGGAGCAAGGCCGCCGGGAGGACGGCGAGGAAAAUACGAUGUUCCUCCACGCGUGCCGCCACCACGGUACCUGCUGCUGCUGCUGCCGGCGGCCUCCCCUACAUGCUGCUUCCGUUGAGGCGGCAAGGAAAGACAGAGUGAUUACUGACAACCGACCGCCAUCCUCUCUCCGGCCGAUCGGUCGCUGGAGCUCCACACCUGGUCCUGGUUGCCGAUGGGGAAGAGCAAGGCCUCCGGGAGGACGGCGAGGAAAAUACGAUGUUCCUCCACGCGUGUCGCCGCUGCGAUACCUGCUGCUGCUGCCGGUGGCCUCCCCUACACACCGCCCCCGUUGAGGUCUCCCUCCUACUACUCCUCUACAUGGAUGCCUGGUCAAAAUUGUUUAUUUGUCUUGUUGAAAUGUGUACCAUGUGUAAUGGACCUUGUGUACAUAGGGGUCAGUGCGUGUAUAGGAAAUGAAGGUGCUCAAUUCUGUUGCUGCUUAUGAAUCAAUGGAAACUUCUAUGAAUUGAACGGAUGGAUGAACAUCUCUUGUGUGCAUAGGCGAUAAGGAGGCAUUGCCUUCUGCUACUGCUCCUCGUCUCCGACAGGCUGCUGCUCACUGAUCCCACCCGCGUUGAAGGCCUCCUCAAGCUCCUGCUUGUGGUUGCCGGCCUGACCUGCCGCUGCCAGCCACGUUCGCGACCAGCUGGA